AUGCUUCUUCCAUCAGUGACUUGGGAGUUUUCUCAACUCAAAUGGAUAAUAAAAGUUCCACGUGGCACAAUCUCAAGGCCCAAUUAUACAAACCGGGCAACACGGUCAGCAAAUAAACACCUGCCAAAAAAUUUCCUAAGUCAAAAUACACCAUUCAAAAAAACUCACACCAUACCCAAAUCUUCAUACACCAUGUCUAGCUUCACUCAUGCAACUACACUACUCCAUUCUCACAUCAAAACCAAACACAAAAACACUUCAAAAAACAACAUUAACGACAACCUUUUAUCAUCAUCAUCAUCAUCAUCAAAAACAAAUGAAACCACUAGAAGAAAUUUAAUGUCAACAUUUGUAGCAACAUCAAUUAUUGGAAUAAAUGUUGCAACAACACCAUUAGCAUUAGCACAAAAUUGGGGUACACGUUCUUUUCUUAAAGAACAUUUUUUUGAGCCAGGUUUAUCACCUGAAGAUGCAGUUUUAAGGAUAAAACAAACAGCUGAAGGGUUACAUAAUCUUAGGGAAAUGUUGGAACAUUUAUCUUGGAGGUAUGUUAUGUUUUAUAUAAGACUGAAACAGAAUUAUCUUGAACAGGAUUUGAAAAAUGCUAUUACUACUUUGCCUGAAAAUCGUCGCAAGGAGUAUGUUAAAACUGCUAAUCAGUUGGUUGAUAAUUUGACUGAGAUGGAUCGUUAUGUUCGGUCACCAAAGGUAUAUGAAUCAUACCUAUACUAUGAGAAGACAUUGAAAUCAAUAGAUGAACUUGUGGCUUUGUUAGCAUAGUGCAAAUUAAGUUGAAGCUCCAGGGUAUAAAAUUACACAUCUUGUCAUUUUUUUUUAACUUCGGAUUUUAAAUUGAACAUGUAUAGAAGGUUUAGAAUGCGAAAUUUUAAUCAUAUAUUAUUUAUGUAUCUACAUUUUUUAUUUAACUCUAAAUAUUAGGAUUCUUAUUAAUAUUGAGCGGAGAUUGAACUUUAUCACUA